AUGGAGAUAAGGGUGGAGAACUGCGACAGAAAGCACUUUUUGGAAACGACGACUAGAAAUAGAGUGAGCAAAAUGGCUGGCUUAUUUGGCUCUCAAAAUAUCGUUUUAUCUGGAAAAGUGUUCGUUGGGCCAACUUGUGUUAUUCGUGGAGAUUUGGCGCAUGUUCGUGUUGGAAAAUAUUCAAUGAUCCGCGACGGAACGAUCUUACGACCGAGUUUGAAGCAUUUCAACAAGGGAGUCGCUUUUGUGCCGCUAACGAUUGGAGAACACUGCUUGAUCGAAGAAAAUGUGGUUGUUUCUGCGGCGCAAAUCGGCAGUUUCGUGAAUAUUGGCAAAAACGCAGUGAUCGGAAAACGAGCAGUCAUCAAAGAAUGCGCAGUGAUUCUCCCCGACGCGGUCCUGGCCCCUGACACUGUUGUCCCCCCUUUUGCUAUUUUCGGUGGUGCCCCUGCCAGACCAGUUGGAAAAGUUCCUGACAAUCAUCAAGAAGCAAUCACCGAACUGACAACGACGUUCUAUCAGAAUACGAAAGUCGAAGAUUUUGGCAAAGGAAAAUGA